AGAUUGCACCCUCGGGAUUUGAUUGAAGAAUUGAUGAUGAUGGGAGAAGAAGAGAUAAAAGGAAAGCCGCAGCAGUUUACUAGUACAACGAUUGCAGACUUUCAGAAUACUCUUCAGUCAGCUUGGAGCCAAUCAGAUGCAUUUUUUGAAUCUCUCUUAUCUGAGAGUUGGUUGGAAAGGCGACCAAUAUCUUUAAGAAAUCCUUUUAUAUUUUAUUAUGGUCAUCUUGUGGCCUUUGCUUGGAACCAGUUUCGAAAUAAAUUAGGACUUGAACAGUUUGAACCAGUGUUUGAUUACAUUUUUGAAAGAGGAAUCGACCCUGAUGUGGAUGACCCAGCCAAGUGUCACUCUCACCCAGAGUUUCCAGAUACUUGGCCCUCGAAAGUACAGAUAUAUCGGUAUAAACAGAAAGUUCGUACUAUUCUUUUGGAUAAGUCAGUUCUAUCUCAAGUAGAGAAGAAGUGUCCUCAUAUUGUUCAACUUGUAUACGAGCACGAGCUGAUGCACCUAGAAACUUUAUUUUACAUGUUUAUGCAGAUGGAAGAUAGAGAUUCGAAUGGUCCAUUUUUGAAUAUUAGUAUUCCUCCUAUCAAGUUAUCAACUGAAAAGACAGAAUAUAUAGAUUCGGAGCCGAGUGUUUGGAUUGGAGGUGGUCAUUGUUGUUUAGGUAGAGACCGUGGAAAGGAAUUUGGUUGGGAUAUUGAGUUUCCAAGUCAUUGUGUUUCUGUCCAUCCAUUUCGAAUGCAUAUUUUUCCCGUGACUAUAGGUCAGUUUUAUGAGUUUGUACGUAUGGGAGGUUAUCGUCGUGCAGAGUAUUGGAAUGAAGAAGAUUUUUUAUACAUGAAGAAAGAGAACAUUUGGUUUCCCAGUUUAUGGAAAUGUCUUUUUGCUUUGGAUCAAGUGUCUUGUGCAGAAGAUUUUCGAAGUUUAUGUGUUUCUGCCAAACAGUUCCUUUAUCGUAUGCCAUUUGGAGAUGUUUGUUUAAAAGAAGCAUUUUAUUUACCAGUGUAUGUAUCACUUGCAGAAGCGGAGGCCUAUGCCAAAUGGAAAGGAAAGAGGUUACCUUCUGAAGAAGAAAUUCAUGGCGUUUUGUAUGGAUUUUCUUCUUUUGAAAAGAGUCACGCCAAAGGCAAUUAUGGAUUUCAGUAUUAUGGUCCUGUUCCAGUGGGUUGGAUAGAACAAGAUAAGAGUUCUUAUGGAGUUGUCGAUGUUUAUGGAAAUGGUUGGGAACUUACAUCAACUCCUUUAUAUCCAUUUCCAGGAUAUCAGCAGCUUCCUGAAUAUCCCAAUUAUUCUGCGGAUUUCUUUGACAAUAAGCAUUUUGUUACUGUAGGUGCUUCAUGGGCAACGGAUUCAAGUUUGUGUAGACCCAGUUUUCGUAACUGGUAUCAACGAAGAUAUCGAUUUGUGUUUUCCAAGUUUCAUUUGGUAGAAUAGAAUGUAUGUGACUGAUAAGUGACUUUGGUUGUUGAAGGGAUUCUGUUUGUAAGCCAUUAAAGUUGUUUCCAUGGAGUGGCUAUUUUGAAACAUAUUGUAUUAUUUUUUCUGUU